AUGGCUUUCACCAGGGUGCUACACAUGACGGCUCUGUUCCUGCUGCAAGGGGAUUUUCCAAGUGCUGGCAGUGAGACCAUAACUCUAAAGGAAGGAGAGGACCUAAACCUCCACUGCACCCUCAGCAGCCACGACAGUUCUGCCCGGCAGUGGUUAAACCCUCACGGAUUUGCCAUUUUUCUCAACACCCAGCGGGCUUUAAGAGAUCAGAGGUACAAACUUAUCCAUUAUUCAAAGGAUGAAUUAUCCAUCCAACUGUCUAACGUAACAGUGCACGAUGAAGGCGUAUAUAAGUGCUUCUACUAUGGCAUCCCGUUCAAAAGCAAGAGCAAGACUGUGGAGGUAUUAGCUGCACCUUCUAAUCCAGUACUGGAAGUAUCCCAAGACGCAAAAAGAAGCAUUACACUGUCUUGCUAUACUCAAGGAUGUAAACCACAGCCCCAGAUUACCUGGCUGUUGGACAACAGGAUAGAGCUCCUUGGUGACACUAAGCACAAGUUAGAAGCUGAUGGGAAGAAAUGGACCACAACCAGCACGCUGACAGUCCUUGCCUAUGGGUCCAAUUCAACAGCCAGCUGCAUCAUUCACCACCAAGCACUAAGAGAAGAGAAGCUGAUGGCGUCUCUCCGGUUUGAGGAACUCCCUAGGACAGCGACAAAAACAAAUCCUGCACUAGAGGUGAACACACAUGUCUCUCAGAACAAGCAAUCUACAGUGACCGCAGCAGUGUCAGAUCUGAACGGCAGCACAGCCCCUACUCCAAGCUACCCCCAGCAUACUGGAUCCGAACAACCAACCGUCCCUUCUGCAGUACCAGAGGAUCCGGUAGUUACCAGCUCAGCGUCAACAACAACCCAGCAAAACCUCCAACCAGAUGUGACACCUCCUUGGUCCAAAGUAACGCCAGCUGCAUCAGGAAAGGAAGCAUUGGCUGGUUCAUUGAGCUACCAUGUCCCCAACAGGACUGAAACAGCGUUCAAUGGCAAUGUCACAGAAGAGGAGAUUUCCAGGACAGAAGCCCCACUGCCAAGUGACAAUGUAACUGAGAUUUCCAUCAUCACCUUCGACCAAGAUCUGAAAUCUGAAGGCAUCAAAAAGAAGGAGAACAAUCUCUUGCUGCCAAUCUUGGUGGCUGCUCUGAUUUUCGCGCUGCUCAUCAUUGUCCUGCUUUUUAUAAGGAAGUUGAAAAAAGCUCAUGGAGUGUGGAAGAGAGAAAAUGAUGUUUCAGAGCAGACACUGGAGAGUUAUAAAUCCAAAUCUAAUGAAGACAGUCCAGGCCACGAGAAGAAUGGAUAUGCUGUCAAUCAGAAGUCCAACAUGCAAUAUGUAACAGGAUAUGUGGAAACAACACAGAAGAAUCCAAGAGACAAAAACAUUGCAAUAAGUGAGAAACUGUUUGGAUGUGGAAAGGAAACGGAUGUAUAG